AAACCAACGAGGGUAUGAUGGCUCACCCUUCGGACUGUGAAGCCUGGAGACACUUUGACCGCUGUCAUCCUCAGUUUGCUAUGGAGCCACGAAAUGUGCGGCUGGGAUUGUGCUCAGAUGGAUUUGCUCCUUUUGGCAGGUUUGGCAAGAACUAUUCAUGUUGGCCGGUCAUGUUAACUCCUUACAAUCUCCCUCCCGACAUGUGCAUGAAAAGUCAUUUCAUCUUUUUGUCUUUAAUUUGUCCGGGUUCCAAGGAUCCUGGGCGAAAGAUAGACAUUUAUCUCCAACCCCUUAUUGAGGAGAUGAAAGAAUUGUGGGCCGUUGGGACACCAACUUAUGAUGUUUCAUCAGAUAAAAUGUUUAUCAUGAAAGCUGCCAUCAUUUGGACCAUUAGCGACUUCCCUGCCUAUGGCAUGCUUUCAGGAUGGAGCACACACGGUCUGAUGGGAUGUCCGAUAUGCAUGGAGAAAUCAGGUGCCAACUGGCUCAGUUACAGCAAAAAAGGAAGUUACUUUGAUUGUCACCGCAAGUUUCUCCCGGAAAGGCACCGAUAUCGAAAGGACAAGAAGUCUUUCAUUAGAGGCAGAGCAGUACGAGAGAGCCCACCCCCGAGAUUGACCGGUGAAGAAAUUUAUAACCGGGUUCGACGUUUUCCUACGGCUAUGGAAGAGCCAAACCAAGAGCCAUAUGGGUAUUGUGAUACCCAAAGUGGACAAAGAGGAGCAUAUUCUGGGAGUUGCCUUAUUGGAAAGACCUUCUCAUCCGUCACAAUUUAGAUGUCAUGCACACUGAGAAGAACGUCUUUGACAAUAUAUUUAACACGGUGAUGGAUUUGAAAGGCAAAACUAAAGACGGUCUUGCAGCUAGGAAAGAUAUAACUAUUUGGUGUGAUAGACCCGAACUUUCUGUUGAUCUAGAAUAUCAGGGCAAGGAAGUUCCAAAAGCAGUCUACCAGGUCACAGAACCACAAAAGGCAGCAAUAUUACAAUGGCUUGCGUCUCAGAAGUUUCCAGAUGGCUACUGCUCCAACUUGUCUAGAUGCGUAGACAUGAACAAAAUUACCACGACGGCGAGCAUGAAAACUCACGAUGCUCAUGUAAUAAUGCAAAGACUUCUACCAAUUGCACUAAAAGAGAUGCUCCCUGAACACGUAUGGUCCUGCAUUACUGAAAUCAGUUUGUUGUUUCAAUCGAUAUGUUCCAGCGUUUUGGAUGCGGCAUCCCUCCGGAGACUACAAGAGUCUGUUCCCAUUCUGAUGUGUAAUCUGGAAAAAAUAAUGCCUCCAUCGUUUUUCAAUACAAUGGAACAUCUCAUAAUACAUCUUCCGUAUGAGGCUUUGACUGCUGGGCCCGUCUUCUAUCGGUGGAUGUACAGAUUUGAAAGAUUUCUAGGAGAGCUGAAAAAGAAAGUGACCAACAAGGCACACGUUGAGGCUUCAAUUUGUCAAGCGUAUCUUCAACAAGAAAUCUCAACGUUCUCGUCUUUUUACUUCGAGCUUGACGUCAUCACCAGAAGGAAGAGACCUGCCCGGAACGAUGACAUUGGCGAGGAUUUAUAUGAAAAUGUAGUUUCCAUCUUCAAUUACCCAGGCAGAGGUAAAGGUGCUGCGACACAACGAUACAUCCUGGGUGGGGAAUUACAAAUUGCGCAUACUUAUAUCCUCAUGAAUUGUCCAGAAAUCUCACCGUUUUAUCAUGAAUUCCGAGCUUCUUUAUCAACCUUUCCUGAGAAUGAAAUUGAUGCAUUGGUGGACUCUGAUUUUGUAAAUUGGUACAAGUAUCAGAUCAAUAGUCGUGGGAUUGUCGACCCUUUGUUAGUAUCAUUAGCGUGGGGCCCAAGUGCCAGUGCCAAAGUGUGGCGGCAAUAUGUGAUAAACGGUUACACAUAUCACACAGCCGAUUACGGACAGGGCCGACCAACAACGAACAACGGGUUAUGUGUCCCGACCAUCGGUUAUGAUAACUCGGAAACCAAUUUUUUUGGUGUAGGUCCUGCAGGAGAUUCUGGAACUUGAGAUGCCUUCUGGUGUGCAAAAAUUGACAUGCGUUCUGUUUCGCUGCACAUGGGUCGAUCCCACACGUGGCGUGCGCAAAAAUCUGAAGUAUAAUAUGAUUGACGUCAACCACUCUCGUGUGUACCCAAAAAAUGAGCCUUUCAUACUCGCCCAACAAGCAGCGCAGAUUUAUUAUGCAGAAUAUCCUUCAACAAGGCGGACCCAAAAUCCUUGGGUGUGUGCAUGUCCUGUCCGUCCGAACAAAAUUAAAUCACAAACUCAACACAAGGACGUUGAUCUAGAUGCUUUUCAGCAACAAUUUUUCCAACCCCCGCCUAUUGUUGAGACGGUCAACUAUAACGUCCAAUUAAGUGAUCCAAAUGGCGGACGUGUUGAAGUCAUGCCAGAAACGCACCUUCCGG